AUGCCCCUCCAGCCCUGCCUGCAGGAGCGGUUUGUUUCCCCGGCGCUCAAGGCAGCCUUCGAGCUACGGGGCCACCGGCAGGCCGUCUCGCCCGACCUCUGGGCGGACAUCUGCGCCGACAUGAUCGAGGGGGCGCUAGCCGGCCCGGACGCGGCGCACGAGGCGGCACUGGAAGCAGAAUUCCACGCGCUCGUGUACGGCGCUGCCCCAGGGCCAAGGGUGACCCGCGACGAUAGGCUGUUCCGCGCGCGCGUUCUCUGGGCUGCGUAUGGCGGCGCGCGGGGCGGUCUCGAGCGCGCCGAGGACAUGGUGCGCGCGCAGGGUGGGCGUUUGCCCUCGAGACACGUUGACACGGACACGAGCAUUGAGAGGAUCGGCAGGAUCGACGGGGGCGCGAAGCGGAAGAACAGGAGGGGGGACGGGGGCGCUGAGAAGAAGAUCAAGAUUGAGGCGGGAGUUGAUGGGAAGAAGAGCAAAAAGGAGAGGAGGAGGAGUAGGGAGGACAAAGGGAAGGAGAAGGAGCGGGUCAAGGAGGAGAAGAUGAAGGCCGACGACGGCGAGAAGGAUUGCGAAAAGCGCAAGAAGGACAACAAGGCAGCCAAGGCCGAGAGGAAGGCGGACAAGAAGAAGUCCAAGAGCAAGGACAAGGUCGAACGGUCAGCAAGGCGAGCUGCCGACGGCACCAAGACCAAGCGCAAGCGGUGCGUGUCCGAUGCCGACAGCGACAUCGACUUCGAUCCAGACCCGACACCAGAGGCAGAGGGCUCCGCGGCGCCAGAGUCAAAGACCAAGGCCGUCAAGUCCCAGCGCAAGGCCUCUAAGGCCACCGCCAAAGCCGCUGCGUCUCCCGCCCCGUCGCUGCCCCUUGCGAUAGAGAAGAAGCGCGCCCCGCCGACACGGCACUACCGCACGAUCAACGACAACCUGUUGGUCAAGCUCGGGCUGCUCGCGCCACAGCCUAAAACCAAGCGCAAGAAUGUGAAGGUCAAGGCGGAGCCCGAGGAUGUGGCGAUCUCCGCGACGGGUUCCGUGGCAGUGAUACGGCCGGCAAGACCCAGACCAAGACCCAGACCACCGCCGGGGGGCGGUAUCCUGUCGAGCACCUUCACGGCGGUACUACGCCUCGUCGCGGACCUGCCGCGUGCACACGUGCCACCCCGGCCGGAACGGCAGACGACAGCAACGAUAGCGAUGGCUCGCCCCCGACCGCCCGUCUGGGCACAGACCCGCCAGGAGCUCUGCGAGGCCCUGCCAUACUACCGCGCAUUCCAGUCGGGCAUGUACAUGUCCAAGCAGGUCGCGUACGGGUACCUGCUCGACGGGUUUCCUGCGCCGCGCGACGUGUGGGCUGCUGGCGGGCGCGUGAUCAUCUCCCACGGCGGGGGCCAGAGCACGCGCACGCUCGACACGCGGGGCGAGCCCGUGUCCUGCCUGCUGUCCGACCACAGCGCCAAAUCAGACCGUAUCGCCACGCUCAUGCGCGCGAGCGCUAGCCACGCGCCGGUCGUUCUGCUUGCUGGCGCCGAGUACGCGCUGCUGCCGUGGACGCUGGGGUGCACGUACUGGGUCUCCGGUGUGUGGUUUGAGGCGGCGCCGUGUGACCCCGAAAGUGGCGGCCAUGGGUUCUUCCGCCGCCUCAAGGUCCGCUUCGACUGGGUUGACUCGCAGGGGACGCCGUGGUGGGAGCGGGAGCAGGUCGCUACGCCGACAGGUGCGGCAAGUGGUGCCACGAGCUGUCAGCCAGACCCUCCGCCACUCCCUCCUCCUCCAACAAGCGCUGUUGAGAAACCAUGCCCAGACACGGUGCCCUCGGCCCCGGCCCCGACCGCACCUCCCAGCCCCGAGAGCAGCGUCCUCUCCAGCGCACCGCCGUCGCCUAUGCCGACACCCAAGCACCACCCCACACGACCCUUCCUUCCCACCCCGCCCGACUCGGAGGCGGACAUCACCCUCCCACCACCGGAAGAGCAGCUCGUCCAGCUACAGCUAUGGGCUGGUGGCAGCGUGAGCAACCACUACGUCGACCUCGAGCGGCAGCGGCCGAAUAGCGGGCCGUACGAGUCACCGCUGCGGGGCGUCUACCGCCCUGGCGAGCACACCCUUGCCAAUGCGUACCCGUUUCGCGACACGCAGGCGGCAGAGCUGCUUUUCGCCGGCGCCACAUGUCCUACGUGCAAGACGCACAGCCCGCGCCUGUACGCCGAGGGCUGGAUCUGCGUGCAGCCUGCGUGCAAGCAGUUCUGGAUGCUGUCCACGCCGCGCGGCCUCUUCCCCAUCCCGUUCGGCAUGGCGCUGACCUUUGACCCGGGUUUCCUGCAGCCCGCGGCAACACCUCCACACCGCAGAAGUGUGCCUUUCAGCGUCGUGCCGCCAGCGCCGAGCGGGGCCGAGACUGGCGAGUCUGACGACGCACAGUCGGGCUCGCGCACGCUGUGGAAGGGCUGGGUCUGCACUGCUUGUGGGCGCGCCAACUGCCGAUACCGCUGGGAGCGGUGGGAGUGCCGCGCGUGCGGCAACCGGCUGAGCGACGCCGGGGCAAUCGUGACGGCCUCUGGGCUGCCGCCGCGGCUUGACAUCCUCGGCGAGGCGGACGACUGCUCGCCUGGGAUUGUGAUGUCGCUCCGCCGCUUGUCCAACCCGCCAGCGACCGUUGUGGCAUACACGUUGCCCAGAGCCGGCACCGUGUACCAUAUCCUGCAUGACUCGUCGCACGCCGCCGACGCCAUAUGGGAGGCGUACCAGCGCGCUGCGGUCGACGUGCCCUGCGCGCCACUGUUCGAACGCCGCGAGCUCAAGUCCAACACGGUCAAGGGCGGCCUGCUGUCCCAGCAGUUUGCGAUCAACUCUGGCGCGAGCUACAAGUACAUCGUUGAGACGCUGAGCUAUACGUUUGCCGAGUCGCCACCGAGCGUCAUGGACGCACUACAGCUAAUCCGGGAACGCGUCGCGAGUGUUCUGGGCGAACGCGUCGACUUUAACGAGAUCCUCAGUGUCAUGUAUCGUGAGGGCCAGAAAAUGAACUGGCACGACGACAGCGAGCCUGGCCUCGGACCAGUCGUGGCGGCCUUGUCUUUGGGCUCACCAGCAACCAUGUCAUUUCGCCGCAAGACUGCGCGUAACAAAGCCGCCGCCCCCGCCUCCGCCUCCGCCUCUGCUGCCACCAGUUCCAAGGAACCGCUGCGGCGCCCACUGCCCGUCCUCAACUUCGCACUGUCUCACGGGGACGUUGUCAUGAUGUCGGGUCGGGCGAUUCAACACAUGUACGACCACAAGGUGGUCCCUCUGGGCCUACGCGUGGCGGCUACGGCGCGUGUCAUCCAGGGCUGA